AUGUCGCACCCCCGCAUAGAAGAAGUCAGCGACAGCGACAGCGACAUGUCGGACCCCAGCGAGGGCGACAUCGCCGACUUCGCCGAAUCCGACAUCCUGCGCCCGAUCUCCAAACCCGCCGCCCCCUCAUCCUCCACCUCGCGGCCAGCCCAACCACAGAUGGUCCACCCCUCGCAACAGCAAAACGCCCCGCAGAUCCAGCCCUCCGACAUAAAAGACUACCAAAUGCUCUACCCAAUCUACUUCGACGCAACCCGCACGCGCGCCCAAGGCCGCCGCGUGCCUGCCUCCCUAGCCGUGAAAAACCCACUCGCGCGGGAAAUCGCGUCCGCGUGCGCGAACCUACGCCUGCAGCCCGUGUUCGAAGCGCACCGCCUGCACCCGAAGGACUGGGCGAACCCGGGACGGGUCCGAGUGAAGCUCUCCAAACAGCCCCCCAAUACCCCGUUUGCAGUCAAGAACAAACACCACCUGUAUAUCCUGGUAGCGCGCCACCUGCAGCAGAACCCGACGACGGAGCACAGCGAUGCCCUGCGCAAGGUGCGCGUACCGGGGCUCGGCGUACCUGAGGACGGCGAGCCCUGGCCAAGACCGGCGGUGCCCCGCGGCUGGAAGCUGGGCGAGCUGCUGCCGGCGUAUAGUGCGGCUAUGACGGGCGGUGGGGUGAGUGAGAACUCGUUUGCGGAUAUGAUGAAGGAAAUGCAGGGGGGUGGGGGGGAUAUGAUGUCGAUGCUGGGCCAGGGUAUGGGCGGUAUGGGUGGAGGGGGGCCGGGUCCGGGUGGUGCUGGGGGGAAUGACGGGGGUGGGAAGAAGGGCAAGAAGGGGAAGGGGAAGGCGUGA